AUGAAUAAUACAGAUCAGUAUCGUGUACCUUCAUUAAUUGAACAAGCUCGUGCAGAUUUUGAAUAUCAAAAAUCUUUAUCAAUCGAUCUUCCUUCUCAUUCCAUAUUAUUGAAUAUAUUUCAACCUUUAAAACCAUAUCGCAUAUGUCCUAUACAUCGUUUAACAUCUAUCGAUCAUGUUCUAUUUCUCCUGGAAAAGGUUAAAAAAACAAAAACCUAUUCUAUUGAUACAAAUAAAAUAGGUUCAGAAGGACACGUUACUUUAAUUAUAAUUGAAUUAAGAGAAAUCGAAGAAAAUGAAAAUUGUAUUUUAACAUUUGAAAUGUUACACUUACCCAUUCCAUAUACAUACUUAUGGACGAUGAUACAAAAAUUAUUGAAGACUAUUUUUCGUUCACAAAACAAAUUCUUCAUUUGGAAUAAUAAUAAUAAUAGAAACGAUCUUUGUGUCCUUAUCGAUCAUCAUUAUCUUUCACCAGAUGCAUUCUAUGAAAUAAAUAUGUUUGAAUUACAAAACUCUUCCAAACAUUGGCAUCAUCGACGACAUGAACAUAAUGAAUACUAUUCCAGUAAGAGUUCAUAUCAUCCAUACAAGCAAAACGGCGACGAAUGGACAAUAGAAAAGGCUAUUAAUUACCUAUUUCAUGAAUCGAUCAUUAAAUUCAAUAAAAAUAUGCACAAUCCUCUAUAUUAUAUGAAUCAUUAUGUUUGCUAUUGUUUAGCACUUACCAAAGUAUCCUUAAUAAUAGAACUCGAUUGGACAUGGGAACAAAUGGCUCAAUUCAAAAAAUUUUAUCAAAAUACAAAAAUAAUCUAA